GGCUGUACUGGGCACUUCUCCUGACACACUUCUCCUGAGGUACUGAACUUCCCUGCUGUGUAACAGAAUGGGCUUUAGGGUGAGCCUGCUGCUCCUGGCUCUGGCCGUGGUUGUUGUUUUUGCCCAGAGGAAACGCCCUUCUAAAGAGGAAUGGAAUUACCGUGAUGGAUCGGAAAAAGUGAACAUGCGUGGCGUGGCCAACUUGACUCAAGUUCUAGAUGACUGGAGGUUUGAUAUCUUAAGCCAAAUGAAGAAGCUGCUGCAAAACGACCAUCAGACGGUGCUGCCUGACUAUGCCAGGAUCCAGCCUCUAUCUGAGGCACUUGAUGACUUGUACAAGGAGUUCAAUGCCUUAAAAGCACACCUUGGUGAGCUGACCGAGAAGAUUGGACCCAUUGAGACAUUCAUUGAUGAGCUGAAGACUGAAAAGGCGAACGCUGCUCCAGCAUCUGUACCAGUACGGAAGAGAAUUGUUAAAACCAGAGCUCCUGCUUCGUAAAGAGAUGCAAAUUCUGAACUUGCCCAACAGAGCCGAUACUCUCAGUUAAGCCAUACAUAUAGAGGACCAUCAUAGAUAUGACAUAGAUUUAUAUGGUAUUCUUUCUGCUUCUUUUUAGCAUCUUGUUACUGCAUGUUGCUGGGAAACAAGUAAUAGACAAAAUGCUGGAAAUGUGGGAGUGUGUGCAAAGAACAAAUAUAGACGUAUAUAGUUUUAAGCAUUGCAUAGCCUACAUCAUCUUAGAUUAUAUUUUAUACACAUGUAGAUAUAAAUAUAUACGUAUGUAAGUAUAUUUAAGUAUAUAUAAAUAAUAAUGACUAUUGACUAAUGUCAUUUCUAAUCUAGCCCUUUAUAUCUAGCAUA